AUAUUGGAUCUGGCAUUGUACUGUUGAACUCAGUUGUAACACAUGGGCUCGUUUUUCAGUUCUUGUGGUUACUUGGAAUUACUUAUCUAAAUGUUACAUGGUUUUAAACGUAUCCUCAAAGUCUGUUGUUGUAAAAAGACACUUGGAAGUAUACGGGCUACCGCUGCAACUAUGUACUUCCGAAACGCGUUUGCUACGAGUUCGCGUUAUUCGUGCCCUGGAUCUUAUGAAAAAGGAUAUAUUUGGUGCAAGUGAUCCAUACUGCAAGCUGUGUGUAUAUAAAACUCAGCGGUCAACAUUACCUGUCUGUACACCAGUGCCAACAAGAACCGUUAAGCGUUCUUUAAAUCCUAUUUGGAAUGAAGAAUUUAUAUUUAGAGUCAAUCCAUCUGAAAAUCGUUUAGUUUUCGAGUUGUACGAUGAGAACAGAAUUACAAGAGAUGACUUCUUGGGCGUCGUUACUGUAUUUCUGCCUUAUUUGGAAAUUGGUACUGAAGGCUCCGGUUCUCGAAUAAUGGCGAAAAGUUUCUUGUUACGUCCUCGAAGCUCUCGGUCCCGUGUUCGAGGCAAUCUGCACUUGUAUUUGGCCUACUUACCGAGCCAUUUAAAUCCACGAAUAUCAUCUCUCCGUGAAAUUCCUGCUAUUGUUGAAUUGUCAUCUGAUCAAAGGCAUAGUGAAGGUCACAUCUCGCCUAAUCAAGUUUCUUCACAUCGUUCUAGUUUACAAACACAGUCUUCCCACAGUCCUGGUAUUUCUACAGCAUCUGGUACUGCAGAAAAUGGUACUGACAGUUGUGUACUUGUUAGAAAUACACCUAUAGAAAUGGAUGCUGAAAGUGUUACUGAAAGUGUUGUUGGACCAAUGCUAUCCACAUCAUUAGAUGAAAGUUCUUCAGUAGAAAUGGUAUCAGAUCCUCUACCUCCAGGUUGGGAUGAAAGAGUGGAUCAGAAUGGACGUACAUAUUAUGUGGAUCAUGUGAAUAAACGUACACAAUGGGAUAGACCUUCAUUUCGAUUACCACAAGGCUGGGAGCAACGAACUGAUGCCAACGGUCGAGUUUAUUAUGUGGAUCAUAUAAAUCAUAGAACUACAUGGUAUCAUCCUUUGUCUGAGGGAUCUCGGCUACAAGCAUCGCCUCCACAUUCAUCUACCAGUCCAGAUACAUUUAACGAUGGUGAUGAACCACCUGCUGAAGGAGAAGUAGCUAACGGAGAUGGUGAACCUGAACCGGAAUACCAUGCCAAUGCUGAAGCAUCGAAUAGUCCAAGCGAAAAUCAAGAAAAUCAUUCACCUGACCCUGAAGCUGAACCAUCUCCAACGCAUACAAAAGUAACCGAUUCAAGAUCUCAAGUACACAGUAAUAGUGGAUCAAUGCGAAAUAAUAAUCCUCGUCAAACACGACGUAGUUUAACUAUAGCUGAAAGAAUACGUGCAAGAAAUGGAAUAAAUCAAACAGCAGCAGCAGCUCGUUGUUUAGCGAAUCGUCAAAAUGUCAUAGAUGAAGUACGCGCUGCACAGACUAUGUAUAUGAGGCGGAGACAAGUUAGCCAUGAAGAUACUGUAUCCCGUGUCCCUAUAAAUCUAGAUGCUUCUUCCGCCAAUGCCCCAAAUUCUGAACCGAUUCCGCCAAUAUCUUCAAAUUCUGCUGAAAGUGAUAAUCAACAGACGACAACAAUAGACUCAUCGUCUAGUUCAGCUGGGCAGACUACCACAUCAACAGCUGGUGGUGGUGGUGAGUCGAAUCAACAAGAAGGAGAUAGUACAGAUGGUGGAAAUAGACGAAUUGGGGAAAUUGUUUUAGGACUGAAUAUUGCACCAGGCGAGGAACCGUUGCCACAAGGUUGGGAGUUGGCAAGAACAGCUAGUGGUCGUAAAUUUUUCAUCAAUCAUAAUGAACAUACUACCACUUGGGAUGAUCCUAGAAUUACUCGAUCAAAUAAUCAACUGAUUAAUGGUUCCCUAUUGACACAUGAAGCUCAACGGCAUUUAAUGAAAGAUUUGGGUCCACUACCGCCUGGUUGGGAGGAACGUGUACAUAGUAAUGGUCGCAUCUUUUACAUUAACCACAAUGCCCGGACUACACAAUGGGAAGAUCCACGGUUAGAACGACUGGGUGGUCCAGCUGUCCCAUAUUCAAGAAAUUAUAAACAAAAAUAUGAUUACUUUCGAUCAAGACUUAAAGCACCACGUGAUCCACAAGCGAAAUUUGAACUGCGUGUCACUCGUGCGGGUAUUUUUGAAGAUUCAUUUCGACUUAUUUAUGGGAUUAAAAGACCAGAAGUUCUUAUGCAUAGAUUAUGGAUUGAGUUUAUCGGUGAGAAAGGCUUAGACUAUGGUGGUGUACAGAGAGAAUGGUUUUUCUUAUUAUCACGUGAAAUGUUCAAUCCUUAUUAUGGUCUAUUCGAGUAUUCAGCUGCAGAUAAUUAUACCCUCCAGAUCAAUCCACUCUCGGGUGUAGCUAAUGAAGAACACUUAAAAUAUUUUAAAUUUAUUGGUCGUGUUGUCGGUAUGGCAGUAUAUCAUGGUAAACUGGUGGAUGGAUUUUUCAUUCGACCUUUUUAUAAAAUGAUGCUUGGUAAGACAAUAUCACUGAAAGAUAUGGAAGCUGUUGACUCCGAGUACUAUCGAAGUCUGAAGUAUAUUCUGAAAGAAGAUCCUGCAUCUCUAGAUUUAUCAAUGUCAGUUGAAGAAGAGCAUUUUGGUGAGACUGUUGAAGUGGAUCUUGUUAAAGACGGUAGAAAUAUUCGUGUGACAAAUAGUAAUAAAACACAGUAUAUAGAACGCAUCAUCAAUUGGCGGUUUGUAUCACGUGUAGAAAAACAAAUGUGCGCAUUUCUUGAAGGUUUCAGUGAUUUGAUACCUUUAGAAGCAUUGCAGAUAUUUGAUGCUAAUGAAUUAGAAUUAUUAAUGUGUGGUCUACAAGAUAUCAGUGUAACCGACUGGAAAGCUAACACUCUGUAUAAAGGCGAAUAUCAUGCAAAUCAUCCUGUGAUUGUGAAUUUAUGGAAGGCUAUUUACACAUUCACCAAUGAAUUAAGAAGUCGACUAUUACAAUUUGUCACUGGAACAUCACGUGUACCAAUGAAUGGUUUCGCUGAACUAUGGGGUUCAAGUGGACCGCAAAAAUUCACUGUUGAAUGUUGGGGCUCUGUAGAUCAACUGCCUCGUGCGCAUACAUGUUUCAAUCGUUUGGAUCUACCGCCUUAUACAACUUUUGAAGAACUCCGCUGUAAACUCAUCAUUGCUAUAGAGAAUGCCGAAGGAUUUGAAGGUGUCGAUUGAUUGAUAAUGGAUGACAAUGAUUUUUCCUAAUUAUUCAUAUUGAAUUAAAUUAUACUUACUUACCCAUCAGGCAUACACAUUUGACAUUAACACAUACACACAAAUAUAUAUAAAUAUAUAUAUAUAUACAUAUAUAUACAUGCAUUCAUUCACAACGAGAACAGACAGGGAAAAUAUAUAUAUACAACGUUUUAAUUAUCCUUACACAUCUUCUCUAUUGUGAUGUAGAAAUUGUCUGUGUGAAACAGACGAUAAUUGUACCAGGACUUCUUGCAAAUUAUGCCAUAUAUAUAUAUAGAGAGAGACAGAGCUUCACAGUUUCCUUGAACAUUUAAUGAAUACAAUCGUCUCUCUCUCAGUUUUCUGUUGUUGCCACUGUUGUUGUGAUGUAAGCAGUUUGUGGUUGUGGGGCACGAAUGAAUGCUGAUUUCCUAUUUAUUCUAUAUUUAUUUUACAUAAUGAUAUUUUUUUGUAGGUAUUACAAGAUUCUGUGUAACAUAUAUUAUUCACAAUCAUUUAUUACCAUUACUGUAACUGUUAUUAUUACUAUUACUAUCACUAUAUAUACAGAUAUACAUCUUUGUGGGGUUGGCUAUACAGAAGUGCGUGUUUGUGUCAGAACUUCUGAUGAAUUUGUAUUUGUACGUGUCUGUGUGUGUGUGUGUGUCGUUUCAUUUCCCGUAUCUCUCUUACUUCAAACAUUGUGUGAAUAAGGUGCCUCAGUUCUGUUUAAUUUUUGGGGGAAGAAAUCAAAACGUACAUCAAUAAUUUUAUUUAUUUGUAGACGCUACUACUAAUACUAUAUUCCCACUUAAAUGUGUCGCGAAUGCACACAGACACACAUACACACUCCCUCUCAGGCUGGCAUCAAGCCACAUACUUCUAACAUAAACGAUCAGAAAAUGUAAAACGUUAUUUUAGGAUUUUUUUGUUGUUAAUUCGUUUAUAUUUUGUCAUCACUGUGAGGUUAUAUAUGCACAUAUUUCACAUAACCUGAACUUUGUGUGUGUGUGCGUGGGUGUAAACUAUUUUAACCAAUCAGAGAUAGUCGUGCUGUGUCUCCUUUUAUUUUGUUUCGUCGAUUUGUUUAAAUUACACCAUAUUUUGAAAAGGCGGGAAAUAUAAACGAAGCUGUCUGCCAUAAUAACAAUGAUGGCAGUAGUAGUAGUGCUAGUGCUAGUUUGUUAAUUGUAUUUAUUUGUGUAUAUUUUUUUGCUUUAUUUUCGUGAAAAGACAUUCAAUACACUUAUUAUCUUAUUAAUUAUUAGUUAGAAACCAAAACAAACCAUUUUCCCCGUGAACACUUGCUCAUUUGGCGCACAGUUUAUCUUUCUCCUCUAUGUGUGUUGUUGAUUUAGUGUUGUUGUCUUCUGUCGAUCAAACACGCAGAUACUGUCUCUCUUCCGCUCUUCUCAUUUAAGUGCGGAUUCGUGGGUGUGUGUGUAAUUGUCCCUUCAUCUUUCUGUUAAACAUAUUAUUUAUAUUCUACUAUUGUAUAUGCUUUUAUUAGGAGGGUAAAGGGUAAAUGGCUUAAUUUUUUUAAAAAUUAUCUUGCAUACUCGAUUGAUUUGAAUUUAUCAUCUCGCUUAUUAUUAUUAAUUAUUAUUAUUUAUUGGUGUGAGUACAUUACAAAAUCUCACCAAUUUUAUGAAAUACAAGACAUAAAUUACAAUACACAAUUAAAUUGUGUACCUCUCUAAUCUCCCCGAACAGCCUCGUUCAUCUUUUUUGUUUUUUUCGUUGUUUAUUUGGUUUAUUUUGCAUUUUGAUUUCUUUUUU